AUGGCGGCGGUCAUGCCGAGACCACCCGCCCCGGGCGCGCCCGCGGGCGUCCGCAGCUGCGGCGCACGGCCUGCGUGCGGCAGCGACCCUGGCGGCGGCAGCGCCGGCAGCGGCCGCGCGUGCGCGCCGUCAGAAGCGCGGGCGGGUGCGCCGCUGGCACAGCGUGCAGAAGCGAGGUGCGCCCGCGAGGGGUCGCAAGCUGCGUCAGGCGACGCUGCGAGCGCUGUGCCUGGAUCUGCAGGGCAGGAUCACCGCACUGCACCCAACAUCACGGGCAGCAUGGAGGCUGACAGGGACGGCGCCGCAGAGGCGCUCACACCCGCCGACGCGCCCGCGAGAGGGACGGGCCAGGAGCCGCAACCUCAGCUGCAGCAGGUGCAGGCGCGGGUGCCACCACCCGCGCUCAAGCGCCACCAGCCUCCUCGGCCCGUGGCCAAGGGCGGCCACAAUGGUGCGCCGGCCCCCAACACCAAUGCAGCUGCCCUGGCCGCGGCUGUCGCGGCCCAGGCGGGGCCGGCCAAGCUGCCGGAUCUCAGCGUGCAAGCAGCCCUGAGGAGCGGCCUCAAAAGCGGUGCGGGCGGCGGCAAGACCAAUAGCGUUGCCGCCGGCAAGGGCGGCGGCACCACCAAGAGCGGCAAGGGCGCCGCAGGCGCGCUCGCGCCGCCGCAGUCUCAGUCGUCCGCGGCCGCCGCGGCGCUGGCGGCCGCGAAGCUUGGCCUGGCCGACCAACUGAGCGCCGCGCUAGCGCAGCACGCGCCGCCCGGCGCGGGCGCGAGCGCGGGCCCCGACAAGCAGGCCGGCGCAGGGGCCCCUGCGCCGCAGCCCGCGGCCAGCCAGCAG